AGCACGCCUCGGGGAUCCUCUCACCUCGGCACUCUCACCUUUUGCUUGCCGUCCAAGUUCACCGGAGGCGACCUCGUCAUACGACAAGAUGCUGCCCAGAUCAACGUGGACUGGGCAAAUCAGGUCCUUGAUACCGAAACCGGAGUCGGGUCCAUUGGCUGGUGUUUCCUCUACUCCGACUGUGAGCACGAGGUCUUGCCCGUAACAUCCGGAUCGCGCGUCACCCUGGCAUACGAUGUCUUCUACUACGAUCCUCCCGCUGUCCAGCCUGAAUUUGCAAUGGGAGAUCCCGCCAAGGGCUUCCUACUCGGAGAUAGCAGGGCCAAUGAGAUGUUGGCCUUGUUCUCGAGGUUGUUUGACCCGAAGAACGCAAAGAACUUCUUCCCCAGAGGCGCUACCCUUGGAUUCGGCCUCCGACACGCCUACGCGGGGGAUUGA